AUGGGGCGGAGGAAAGGGCCACUCUCAUUCGCCUGGAAGCUGGGGCUGGGCAGCAAGCUCGCGGAAUUGCAGCCUAUCAGCCCGCCCCGGGUAUCCAACGGUAACAAUAGUGGAGCUGGGAGAAGCUGCCAUGGCGGCCUGGGCAAAGUGGAAGGUGGGACCCUGGGUCCUCCGGGGGGGCCUUGCAUGGGUGGAUUGGUCCCUAAAGGCGGAAAGAAGAAGACGGCUGGGUCGCGUCUAUGGAUGCGUUUCGAUCUAACGGGAAAGACGGAGCUUCUCGAAUGUGACAAGAGCGUCAUCAUCCAGCGUGCUGGCAUCCCGCCGCGGGAUCUUCGUAUCCUCGGUCCUGUAUUCUCCCAUUCGUCCAACAUCAUCGGUGAGAAAAAUGUUAUGUAUCAGUUUUUUAUGCUACCGUGACGGGGAAACCCCUCGAUCUCUUGAAUGGUCGGCGUAAGCCUCAGAUGAAUGCAGAAUCUUCCGGUCCCCUCUCUUGCCCCCCAACAAUCCAUGAAUCGUUUGUAAUGAAAUUCGAAAUUCCUCCGGUAUUUUUGAUAUUUUAAUGUUGGUAAAUUUCCUCGGUUUUCCGGAGUUCUCUUUCUUUGAUCUUAAGAAUUUGACUAAGAUAUUAGAGCUUGUUGGCUCCCAAUCGGUUUUGGACUUGAUACGUGUAGAUUCUUAGUCACGCUUCUUUCCACAAUCUUAAAUCUGGAAGUUGAGCAUUAAUUCUAGAGGAUGAUGUGUCGAGGUCAGUGUCCUUGCUGAUCGUCGGCAGUGGUUGACUGUCUCUUCGUAACCAACUUAUCUGUCAAUUGUCGAAAUAAGAUGGCAGAAGACGAUAAUGCAUUUUUAAUAUUGAAAACCUCUACUAUAAAAUCUAAAGUUCAUUUGAGUGGUUUCUACGUACUUGCACCGUAUCAAGGCUUGUGGAAAUUAACAGGGUGUGACCAUUGAACAGCCAAAGGAUGAGAAAAGUAUUUCUUCAAUGCCGAAAACUUUUACAUCUGACUAUCGGAAGUGAUGCUACAUUCGGAAAAAGAAAAUUAAAAUUUUAUUUUGUAAAUAUUUAGGUGUAUUGCAACAAAAGUAAAAUCAUUCUAUUUGCCGCAGUCAUUUGUGCGUGCUUAUUUGGACUAGACACAGUGGAAACUGUCAGUAUUGUGAUGUGGCUGCCCUGCUGGUCUUGGUUGCCACAUCGGACUAUACGGCUAGAUGAUUACAAGAGGAUGCCAAAUGCUUGGGCUGUACGGCUGAGUUUUUCAUAAUAAAACUCUAUCCUACACAUGCUGAGAUAAUCCUACUCUGGCUAAGAAUAAAUGUGAGGACAAAGUAAGACUAUGGAGAAUGAAGGGGUUUCUUGUUGUUUGGAGAGAUUAUGCGUCAGUUGUUGUUUUGAGUCUCACGUUGUUGCUUUCAGCACUAUGGGACUCGCACAUCCUCCUUUGUGAAUACUUUUCAAUCACUGCCAUGCGCUGGAGUUCAAUGAAAAAAGUUCACUUUAUCACUGCAGAGUGCAGCACAGUUUUUUUUUCUGGAUCUGCAGAGGUGUGCUGAAAUUGGUUGGUGCUUGACCAUCAUCUUUUUUGUCCUGUGAUGAGUUCUUCAUGCGAACCCAGUUCACAUGACACAGAAGAAAAUUCAACCUGAUUGUGUUUGAGAUGAGUGAAAUAAUUGUUGAUUUGAACCCCAACAAAGUAUUAGUUAUAAAUUUCUGUCGCUUUACCUUCACAGACAACACGUGAAACUCGCAUUUACAGCCCAUCGUUUCUUUUGAUAAUUCAUGAGCACAUGGUACUUAUCACUUCAUAAGAUUAAGUAUUUCUCAAUGUCUCACACUCUUGGCUUUCUGUUCCAUGAUUCUGUGAUGUCAUUUUUCUUUUUUUUUUUUGAUAACGAACUUUUUGAUUGAACUUGCUGAUACAAGUUUUUGCCAAUUAUCAGCGCUCUUGCUCUUGUUUUUUCCCUGUUGUCGAUUAAUUGCAGUGGUAGACAUCUUUUGAAACUUACAUACGUGAUGAAGCAGUAUUUCCCGUCUCAAAUAAUUUUCUUAGAUAAUGAAACUUUGUCGAAAUCAUGAGUGUGAAACUCAUCAAUUAUUAUAAACUUUGUUGUUCACUCGUGAUUUUGUCUUGAUGUCCAGCCAGAGAGAAAGCCAUGGUUGUCAACUUGGAAGUUGUAAGGGCCAUAAUCACCGCUCAAGAAGUUCUUCUUCUUGAUCCGCUUAGCCAGGAAGUUCGACCAUUCGUUGAUCAAUUGAGACAGCAACUUGCCUCUAGAAGUUCACCAAAAACCCAGAAUUCUGACAUCCAAGGGAAAGAAACAGGUUCUCCAAAUGGUGGAAGAUGGCUUUCUGUUAAUGGAAAAGGAGAAGGUGAUGAGUUUGAACUCCCCUUUGAAUUUCAGGUUCUGGAGAUUGCUUUGGAAGUUGUGUGUACAUAUUUAGAAUCUAGUGUGUCUGAGCUUGAGAAAGAUGCAUAUCCUUGUUUGGAUGAUCUCGCCAAAAAUGUUAGUACCAAGAAUCUGGAGCGUGUGAGAGGCCUAAAAACUACUCUUACACGUUUGCUUGCACGUGUUCAGAAGGUAUGGAUUUCGCUCAUAUGUGUUAGAUGAACUUUCAUCUUUGAGGCAUUCACCUAAUUUUUUUUCAUGUUUUCUUUGGGUAUAACUAAAAAGUUUGUUUAUCCUGUGGGAUUGCUCUUCCCUCAUCCAUAGAUGGAUUUGGUCACUCUCUAAUGUCUGUUUCAAAUUGACUGAGAUUCGGUGUUUUAGUUCCUUUUUAAAACUCCUCAUGUCAAGGAUAGCUCAUCUAUCCCCAGGUUUGGAUAUUAGAUGUGUUUCGCUAAGGCUCCAACUUUACCAAUGACUAACAAGUUCGUUCAAGCUUUGGUCAAAACAAGUAGGUAAAGUUUGAUCUUUGGUCGUGUUGUUUUUCUAUAUAAACACUCAAAGUUGAUCUGAAGAACUUAACCAAAAAAUCGUCUUAAAUUGGGUGCGUCUUGUCUCAAAUUUCUAUAUCUACAGCAUAAUUUAACAAUUGGAUUUUAGGCAUGUAUUGCCUCACAUAGCUUAAUUACCAAGAAGCUUUUGGCGUUUAUUAGCUGGGUAAAGAUUCUUAUUCUUUUGAUGACCCCAACCUUGAAUGCGAAUCAUCUUUUGAGACUUGUAUACCGUUAAAUAUUAUUUAAUUGCAUUUUGAUCAUAUGAGUUAUGUCCUUGGAACACUUUAGUGCCAUCUGAGUCUAUUCUGUUCACUUAAACUAUGUGAUUUACAAGAAUUAACGUUUUGAGCUUCAUUCAGUGCAUUGACCAGUUGCCACUAUCUUUCCUUGUUCUCUGUUGGAAUAUUUUUCUAAUAUCAGGUGAGAGAUGAGAUUGAACACCUUCUGGAUGAUGAUGAGGACAUGUCUCAUUUAUAUUUAACAAGGAAGCAGAUACAAAACCAGCAAUUUGAAGCUUUAGUUGCUACUAGUGCUUCAAACAACAAUGUGGCCCCUGUGCCUCACACUGGGAGAUUGAAUUCAUAUCACAGAACCACCAGUUUUGUGAAUAGUGUUCGUUCAGAUGACUAUGAUGUGGAGGAUUUGGAGAUGUUGCUUGAGGCAUAUUUUAUGCAGCUAGAUGGAACCCGAAAUAAAAUACUGUCGGUGAGCAUAUUUUUAUUGUGACCCCCUGAUUUUCGGUUAUGUGAUCAUUAAUAUGGAUCCUCAAAUGAGUUUUUAAGUACCAUAAAAAAGAAUGUAUCUCUGUAUCUUUAAACAGUGAUAACUAUAUGUGAUAGUGAAAAUAACCACUGCUGUUGUUUUUUUUUUAUUUAUAGGUUACACACCAUUGUAAUGUUAGCCUAGGGUGCAAUGAUUUUUUUAAUUUUUUUUACGAUAUAUCAUUUAUAUCUUGCACAGUGGUGCAGACCCUCGGGUAUAUGCAGAGAAAAAACUCAAUUCAUCUUUACAUCAUAGAUGACUGUUAUAUACAAGUACUGGGCCCACAAAAUAGGGAAACUGCCUAACAACUAGGAAACGUCUUACCAAACUCCUAACUAUACAUUCUUUCCCACUGUCUCCCUCAAGUUGGUGAAUAGGGAUUAUCCAUUCCCAGCAUGGAUAAAAUACUCUGAAAUACUGACGACUUAGUAAGUAUAUCCUCAAGUUGGCCAUGUGCAGAUACAUAUGGUGUUGAAAUCGAUCUACUUUCCAACCUCUCCUUGAUGAAGAGUCUGUCAAUCUGGAUAUGUUUUGUUCAUUCAUCUUGUGAGCUAUGCUAAUUGCAUACUCAAUACUCUAAAAUACUCUGUGCUAAACUAUCCUUGAAGACUUGAAGGUUAAGUGAGAUGACUCAAUGAGACUCUUCAACCAAAGUAGUUUAUCACAUACCUUGAGCUAUUGCUCAGAAUUCAACUUGUGUACUCGACCAUCUUAUCACAUUUUGUUUCUCACUUUUCCAUGUUGCAAGAUUGUCACCAAGAAAGGUGCAAUAUCCAGAUGCUAAUUUGUUGUCAAUCACUGAGCCUGCAUAUAUUAGCAUCUAUGUAUUUCUCAAGUAUCAAUCCUCCGUUUCUCCUAAAUUGAAUGCCUUUUCAUAAUGUCCCUUUGAAAUACUGCAGCGCUUGGUGAGUUACAAGACAAGUGCAAUAUCUUAAAUAAGCACUUGCCGAGUCUUCUUAUCCGUUAAAACUUUGAAAUAUUGUAUGCUAUAUUUGGUCAUGUAUGAGAUAGAGAAACGAGUCUUCCUACUAGACAUUGACAUUGUUGGAAGUUCUAGGUCAUAAGAAAAUAAUGUAGAUUAAGGGUGUUUUUGAAAAAUUGUCUAGGGUUCCUCCCUAUAUUAAGGGGUGUGAGAGUUGAAUGGAAAUUGAGGUGGUUUUCCAUCGUUCUCCCCUCUAUCCUCCAUGAUAGAGGUUUUUGUCCAUUUUCUACAUGGUACAAGAGCUAGGUUCGUUAGGUAAGGUUUUAUCAGCUUUGUAUUCGAUGUCAGCUCUGCUCGGCAUCUCUUGUUUGGGGGAGUGCCAUCACCACCACCACUGGAGUCCAGCUAUAUCUGGCAUCUCCUAUCUACUGCUGUUACCCAUGUCCUUCGUCGCCAUCUGCCAGUGCGUUGCUAUUAGUGUCAUGCUGCCUUCCAGUGAAGCCUUCUGCUUUUUCUGAGUAAGCUUUUGCCGAGGCCUUAUACCUUUGCCGAGUAAGUUUCCAACAAGGUCUUCCGCCUUUGUCAAGUAGCUUUCUGGCAAGGCCCUCAGCCUCUACCAAGUAUUUUUCCGAUGAGGGUUUAUACCUCCAGCUGUGUUGAUUUUUGGCGAGGCCUUCCGCCUCUACUGAGUAUCUUUCUGGCAAGGUCUUCCAUCUCUGCCUAGUAUCUUUCCAGUGUCAUCUUUAUGUAGUCAUCUUUCAAGUAUUAUCUCAACCCGGUGUUGUCUUUAGUCAGUCUGAAUUUGACAUCUUCCUUACUCCAGCUGCCAAACUCUCCCACAGUCUGCACAGUUUGGCAACUGUUUCGAGAUACAGCGGAAGCAAAAGAAAACACAGUCAACCCUAUCUAGGGCUGUUUGCCAGUAUUUAUACUAGCAUACAAUAGACCUUUCCGGUAUUAAUGGAAAAGUCUAAUGAAGGAAAUGGGGAAUGACGGAAAUUCACCUAACAAGAAAAUAAAGAAAAUGAAUAGAGGAAAGGCCUAAUAUAGAAGGCUUGUUCUGCAUAACAGCAACAUCUCGAGUAGUCUAGAAGGGAUCAUUCUACGUCGGAGCUAUUUUUGGGGCUUAACAACCAUUAGAAGAGCCAAAGGUGUAUUGAGCAGAGGUUUUCAGCAGCAGAACUCAAUUGACAAAGGAAAAGGUAGAUCAGGCACUGGGUCCUAUUCCUGUUGGAAUUUCAGCUUCCGUAUGAGUCUGAUUAUCUUGAAAACUUCUUCUAUGGUAUGUCCACGCGAGAAAUAAUAUGCAAAUAGGAUAAAAGUGAAAGGACGGCUAAAAGGGAAAAAGAAGAAGAAGAUAGAUAGGUUCAGAUCAGCAUCAUCAUCAGAGAAAUAAAAGCAUAUCCCUCUGUCCUCUGUCCUUAUUUAUUGCAACAUUUGUCUCUGUCUUUUCAAGUUCCAGAUUUGGAUCUAUUGGAGUACUUACUGGUUUGCAUACUGUCUUAUAUAUUUCUCUAAGAAGAUCUAUAACAUGUCUCUAUUAGGAGAUGAAAAAAUUUUAGACUCUUUGCUGCCUUGAUUUCAAACUCAGCCAUACACUAUUAUGUCAUCAAUAUUUACUAAGAGUGGUUUAGCCCUCCCCCCCUAAUGAUGAAUGUUUAAUAAGCAAUGUGUGAUCCCUUUGGCUUUGUCUAUACCCCAUGGUGAUUAUGACUUCUGCAAAUUUGUCAAAUCACGCUCGAGGUGAUUGCUUCAGUUUAUAAAAUACUUUGUUCAAUUUGUAUGCCAUGUAAGCAUCCAUAUUACAUAUUAAUGGCUUGGGAUCUAAUUUCUCCCUAUGAUGACCAUAAACAUAAACAAAUGAUACAAACCCAGAUAUACCAGGAACAAGACUAUUUGUAAUUUGUUGAUUUGAAUGGAAUGGUGACAAUGUUUCCUCUCCUUAAUUAGUGCCAUCACCUCAUUAAAGCAUAUAUUUGCUGGGAAUCUGAAUUUUUUUACCUGAUCAAAUUCUGGACUAAGCCCAACAAGAAAUCUUUUAAGAUAUAUGUAUCGUCAAGACAUUUGGUUUUAAUUUCCUAUAAUAGUUAAGUUCCUACCACUAAGUUUUGUACUGAUUUGCAUGUUCCAUUACUAAUUGGCAUUUUCUAUAAUGAUUAGCAUGUUCCAUAAUUGAUUUGCAUGCUCCGUAACUGUUUCCUUUCCCUAUUUUGCAGCCAUUGUCCACUUCAUAGUCUUAACUUGCAUUUCUAGCUUUAGAAUGUGUCUGUAGUCUUCUAAGCCAUAGAAUUCCAUAACCAUGUCAUAAUCAUAGAAUCUUCUUCAUCCCAUAUGUCAAAUCAAUGAUCCUCUGGUUUUGGGCUUGUACCUGUGAGAUGGUUAAUCUUUCCUUUCCUUUCAGCACAGUGAGAAAAUGUGGGAACCACUUAAGGAAUUACUUUCUGUCUAGUUUAUAUGCAGCUUGAAUGUCUGGCAAUAAUCCAGAUUGUUGAAAUUGUACUAACCACUUAGACUGUGUUGUAGCAAUCAUCUCUACAAUUUCUGACAUCCAUCCUCUGCCUUUGAUUACGUCAUGGAUUCUUCUCCCCUGUGGUCCAAGUGCCUAGAGCGAUGAGAUCCUCCUUGUUGUCAUGACCAAGCAACCCUCUACUAAACCCUAGGCUAUGGCAAAGGAAGAAGGCAAGCAAACCUCAGAUUCUCUACAAGCCAAAGAUUACAACCUGACUCUGGUAUCAUGUUGCGAACAGUGGUUCAAACCCUUAAACAAUAUGCAAUGGAAAAACCCAACUCAUAUUCACAUCAUAUGUGACUGUUCUAUAAAGUCCCAGGGUCACAAACGGGAAAUACCUAAAAGCUAAGAGAAACGAGUCAGCAAACUAGGAAAUGGUCCAACUAAUAACCGAACUCCUAAUUAUACAUCCUUUCUCACACUAUCUAUAUUCGACCACCACAACGAAAAGGCUUGAUAUCUUACCCGACGAUGGGGAAAUGGCGUAGGCGGCUAGCUAUAGCCGUCAACAACCUUUCUUUCCCGCCUACUUUUCCUUUCUGUUCUUCUUACAUGCAGUUGUUGGCAGGUGCAUUAGAACCACGAAGGACUGACAGUAGUCAGUGUGCAUGAGGACAGUUAAUUUGUGGGAGGGUAGCAGUUAGAUUUGUGGAAGUGUUCAGUCCUCCAGAUUAAUGGUACCGUUAGGCUUUUGGAGGACAUCUCGGAAAGGAAAAGGCUUCUCUGUCAGAUACCUAAAUAUUUUGAAAUCUAGUAAUUAAUAAAACUCUCUCUCUUUCUCUCUCUUUCUCACUUACUCACUUAGUUGGUCGACGAAUCAAGGGCUCAAGAAUGGGAUCACAGAUUUGGUUGAAAUCUUGUCGAAGGAGAAACAAAGCACUUUAGAUUUGGGCACUCAAAGGAUGACUUACAGAGAUGUUUCAGAAGUAUGCUAUGAGGCUGUAAAGUUUGAUGAGAAAACUGUGGGAAUAUUCGAGUGGAAAAUAUACCAAAAUACUGGUGGCAGGGGAUGCAAUGUCAGCGUAAAACCCACAGGAGAUAAAUACAUCUUUCAUAGUUAAGAAUGUCUUCUUUCAUUAUAACUCAGAACUUUAUGUCCUGCUUUGCGGUGUCUAUCAUGCAAGAUAUUACCUUACCCUCAACGCAUGAUUCCCUAGCGCUGUCUAAAUAGGGUAUUCUUACUCGUCAGCAUUUUCUUCCACAGUGGUUUAAUCAUUUUCGUUGAUGAGCUAGGCUGGCUAAUUUUCUAUCGAAUCAAUACCGUGGAAAGCUGAGAAACGUGGUUGGACUGUUGAUUCAGCUUCACUUGAUGAGUCUUUGUUGUUCAAAACCCUUCUAAGCAGUAGGUCACCUUUGAGCGCUUAAAUGGCACCCUUACAUUGAAACUAUUAAAAUCGAAAGGACCUUUGCCGAUAUGCAUUAGUUGGUUCAUUACACGCGCGAAAGAAGUGCUUGACCACAGAGUUUAUGCAUCUAAUUACCUAUAAUAUGCAGCAAAAUGUAAAAGCUGUAAAUAGAUGGAUCUGCAUACACCUAUUUAACGCUUGACAAGACCUUCUUUCCUUGUGAAUUUAUAUGUGAAGUGUACACUUGUUCUCUCCCCAAGUCAUUGCCCUUGAUGGUUUUUGGCAACAGUUAUCUCAACCUUUUCAACUUUGGAAUUAACAGGUACGUGAAUACAUUGAUGAUACAGAGGACUAUGUGAACAUCCAACUCGACAACCAGCGUAAUGAACUCAUUCAGUUGCAGUUGACGUUGACAAUUGCAUCCUUUGCAAUAGUUUUAGAUACCUUGAUAGCCGGGCUAUUUGCGAUGAACAUCCCAUGUCAGUUGUACAACGUGAACAAUCUCUUCGGUCCAUUUGUUGGAGGAACGUCAUCUGGGUGUUUCAUCAUUUUCUUGCUAAUCUUAAGCUAUGCUAGAUGGAAGAAACUGCUUGGUUGA